AUGGGCGGAGUCACCUCGUCAAUUGCCGCGAAAUUCGCUUUCUUUCCUCCGACUCCGCCGUCGUACACAGUGGUAGCUGGAGAUUCUACCGGCGGCGGCAAGCUGUAUAUGCCAGAGCUGCCGAGGAGGGAUGACGUGGAUGUACUGAAGCUGCCCACUAGGCGAGGAAACGAAAUCGUGGCCGUCCAUAUCAAGCACCCCAGGGCUUCGGUUACUCUGCUGUAUUCCCAUGGGAAUGCCGCUGAUUUGGGUCAGAUGUACGAGCUCUUCGUCGAGCUAAGCAAUCGACUUCGGGUUAACCUCAUGGGCUAUGAUUACUCUGGCUAUGGGCGGUCAAGUGGAAAGCCAACCGAAUACAAUACGUAUGCGGACAUAGAUGCGGCCUAUAAUUGCUUAAGAGAGCAGUAUGGGGUCAGAGAAGAAGACCUGAUAUUGUACGGUCAGUCUGUUGGUAGUGGACCCACAGUCGAUCUUGCUUCCCGUUUGCCCAAUUUAAGAGGUGUGGUUCUUCACAGUCCACUUCUUUCUGGCAUGAGGGUGCUAUACCCAGUCAAAAGAACUUACUGGUUUGACAUCUACAAGAACAUUGACAAAAUCGGUUUGGUGAAGUGCCCUGUCCUGAUAAUCCAUGGAACAGCAGAUGAAGUUGUGGAUUGCUCUCACGGAAGACAGUUGUGGGAUCUCUGCAAGAACAAAUAUGAACCUCUAUGGAUAAGUGGAGGGGGCCACUGCAACCUCGAGAUAUAUCCGGAAUUCAUAAAGCAUCUCAAGAAGUUUGUAGUGUCACUGGGGAAAUCUGCAAAAGCAGCAGCCACUGUUGCAGCAAAUGCAGGUCCCGAUAAGACUACAGUAUCAUCAGAGCCAGAGAAUAAGAAUAAAGAUAAGACGCCUGUAUCAUCAGAGGCAGAGUAUAAGAAUAAAACAGCACCGGAGCCCCCUGGAGCCAGAGAAGAUACUUUUGAAUUGGUAGCAGAGCUUCCACCACCACCUCAAAUGUCAAGAAACAGUUUAGACAGUCGGCUGGAGAAGUCCAAGAAGUCAAAUAAGCACGAGAAGUCUCGAAUGAGCACUGACCGGGUCGAUAGAUUUAUUAGAAGAAAACGAGGCUUGGUCUGGUGA